GAACUUGAGAGAACAAAUGAAAGUGCUUCAGAAAGCAAUAAACAAUUAACUGAUGAAAAACGAUCGAUCGAGAUGAAAAAUAAUGAAUUACAAAAACAAAUUAUUGAAACCAAUGAAAAAUUAGCAAAAGUCGUAAAUGAUUAUAAUACUGCUAUGCAUUAUGUACAAGGUACAGAAAAAAUGUUGAGACGUCUAAAAGUUGAAUUACAAAAUAGUAAAACCGAAGCAGCUAAAUUAAAGACACAACUUGAGUCUAUGCAAAAACAUAAUGAAGAAUUAGAAGAGAAAUUAGUGGAGGUACAAAAUCGAACAUCUGUAAGCAUCGGUGCUAGAGAAUCCAAAAUUCAUGAAUUUGCAAAUAAACAACUCGAAUUACAAAAAGAAGAUUUUAAUAAAGAAUUAUCCGAAAUUCAAGAAGAAAACAAAAAGUUAAUAAAGGAGCAUCAACAAAUUAAAGAAGAAUUGGAAGAAGCUUUAUCAUUGAAUGCUUUAUUAGAUAAACAAUUGAAUGAAGCGUUGGGUAACCAAAAUGAUCAAGAAUCUGAUAAGAAAAAGCAAGAUAAUGGAGUUGAACAAAAAGAAACUUUGAUUCGCAGACUUGAAAAAACAAAUUCAGAAUUGGAACGUAAAUUACAUGAUUCUGAAAAUAGGAUUACUAUAUUAUUGGAUCAAAUGGAAAAUACUGUAGAUGUUUAUCGAAAUAUAGAAGAUAAUAUUAAUCCAAAAAGUUCAAGAGAUUCAACUAUAAUAAAAAAAGAAUUAAACGAAUUAGAAUUAUCACAAUGGAGCGUUGAUAACAAGCAAUA